AUGUGGCGUAUCUUCGCCCUUCUACGUACUACGUACCUACAGCGGCCCCGGAUAUUGCGUCAGGAAGCUUACCAUGUCGAACGAGGAGGCCAAACACAUCUUUUUCGAGUAUUAUUACGCCUGGGAGGUCUUGCCGCCAUGCUCAUCUCAGACGUCUAUUCUCCGGUUCAGAGAGGGUGGUUGUACGGAGUAGUUGUAAUUGAUCGGGCCCAUUGGCCCAGGCCCAGCCUGCCUCCCAAAUCUCGAAAUGAGCACAAGAAAAAACUAUUUUCUCGUUCUCCAGCCGCGAAGAAAAUAGCCGUGUCCAACGGGCUAUCCGUAGAAACGUCGUCACGACUCACGAGCCCACCAGCCAACACCGCCGCCACGAGGGCGCAGCCAACGAAAGCUAGUAGUACUUACUCAAGAUCAUGGCAAUCAAUUUGUGUUUAUGUCGAUGACGCCCAGCGAUCGAUUUUUACCGUCGCCGCGUUAUCGGGUCCGCGGAAGGGGGCCCGCAGGGCUAGUUGUCCUACUGUAGAUAGCCAAUGUCGGUUUCUCAUAGAGUUAGGGUUGAACUGCUGGAUCAAACCACGGCACGAACCGAGCUCUACACAAAGAGAGCGGAUGAUGCUUUCGUCCUUUUGCUUUUGUGAAUCAGCCAACCCCAAGCUCGUGGAAAUUGCCAGGAAGGCAGUAUCGAGCCCUGCCAUGCUACCACCAGUACUAACCCCGGGCUUUCCUGGAGCCGAGAAAGGACAUCGGGGUUUGAACUUUGAUCGGGUACACUUCUUUUCUCGUACUAUCCAUAUCCCGCCCGUAGGGGAAGGGAGUACUCAAACGUUAUCGACGCUCGUUUGGACAGCACUUUUUCGAAUUUGCAUUCUGGGGUAUUGUGGGAUGAUACCUAUUAGAUCGAUUCAAGAGAAGAUUAUUGCUGUAGAAGGGCUUGGCGCUUGGAAGACCGAUUUCACGGACUACAAACAAGCCCCGCUCUCGAGUGAUUUCCAGGGUCACGAGAAUGGAACCAAUGGCAACACUGGAGUACCCUGCCGGGGAGGCAUAACAUCUCCGACGUUGUUGAUUAGACUUGUGGAGUCGGCUCGGGUCGACUCAGUCCGUAGUACUUUCCAGGACAAAGACAUGCAUUUGAUCUGGCGCAAAAGUCAAGAGCCGAUCGACGAGUAUUCUUCCAUCGUACCGGACUAUAGAGCGAAGACAGGUAGUAGUACAAUCACAAGUACGAAUCCAGAAAGCAUAUGGAGACGGAAGUUGUACGCAAACCUUGGAUUUUCGUCCACGCCCGUUAACCAGUGA